UUUCCGUACUCUGCGAGGCAGAGUAAGAAGUGCGUAGACGCUGCCACGUUUACCUCGUGCUCGUCCGUGCCAUGGCAGCAGGUUUGUUUGACUCGUGCGCUCCGAUCCAAGCUGACAUCUCUCCCAAGUCCCAACUCCCUCUGUCUCCCCCUGUAUAUAUGCCCCCACCAUGCUGCACCCCUCUUCCCAGAUCAGCUAGCUCAACGAUCAAAGAAACAUGUGUCCAACUCGCCACCUCCGCCUCGCCCUCUCGGCCCUCCUCGCCGGUGUCCUCCUGCUCUCCGCCGUCGUCCCGGCCGCCAGAGCGCAGGAAGAAACCGAGCAUGAGGAGGAGUUCAGCUACGUCCAAGGCGCGGAGAACGGACCGGAGAACUGGGGCGCGAUCAAGGAGGAGUGGGCGGCGUGCAGCACGGGGCGGAUGCAGUCCCCCAUCGACCUGUCCGACGAGGACGUCUCGCUGGUGUGCUCCCUCGGCUACCUCAACCACACCUACCGCGCCGCCGAGGCCUCCAUCGUCAACCGCGGCCACGACAUCAUGGUGCGGUUCGAUGGCGACGCCGGGAGCCUGGUGAUCAACGGCACGGCGUACUACCUCCGGCAGCUGCACUGGCACUCGCCCACCGAGCACGCCGUCGACGACCGCAGCAAUUGCAUGCUCAGCUCCGACGCGCGCGCGUGCAGGUACGACAUGGAGCUGCACAUGGUCCACGAGAGCGCCGAGAACAAGGCUGCCGUGAUCGGCAUCCUCUACAAGAUCGGCAGACCCGACGCGUUCCUGCACAAGCUGGAGCCGUUCAUCAGGCGGAUCGCUGACGGGCCGGACAGGGAAGUGCGGGUCGGCGUGGUGGACCCCUGGGGCGCGCGCGGCAAGGGCUGCGCCUACUACCGCUACAUGGGCUCCCUCACCACGCCGCCCUGCACCGAGGGGGUCAUCUGGACCAUCAUCAAGAAGGUUCGCACCGUGUCCAGAUGCCAGCUGGAGCUUCUCAGGGAAGCCGUGCACGACGGCAUGGAGGAUAAUGCGAGGCCGCUUCAGGAGGUGAACAACAGAGACAUCGGCAUUUUCCGGCCAAGACCUUGUAAACAUUAUGGUCUAUUUCCAUCUGCUGCCGAGUGAUGCAUGAGCUGACGUGGAGACGCAAGUAGUUCAGAAUAAAGUAACAGGAUAUAUACGUAUAUCCUUGUUCGUUUGAUCCUUCAGUUUGAGUGAGCUUUACCCAGGAGGGAUCGCAGUUUGAUAGCGUAUCGUAUGGAAGAUGAAGAAAUGUCUGUAAUUCUUUCCAUUUCUGUGCCUUUGUUAUACGAUUAAAUAAAACUAUAGCUCAUCUCCACGUUCAUAAGCUUGUCAAGAAAA